AUGAAGAGAGAAUUCGGCUGGGCCUUCGUCCAACACUACCUCAGCACGAUGACAUACAGUCAGGUGGUGAAGCGCGAUCAUGACCUGCUAGACGCAGUUGUUCUGGCCAUGCUUGGCAAGCUGAGCGUGCCAUUCGACCCUUCGAACCCCGUACACGCUGCGGCUGCUGAAGCCUGGAAGACGGAUAUCAAGCAGCGCGGCGUCGAACCAAGUCUUUUUGAAGGCAGUCGGGAGAGCUUCAAGCAUGCGUAUCCAGCUGGCUCCUAUACCGAACAUGAUCUCGAGACGUAUGCGUGCUUCAUGCAUGCCUCCUGGGAGAACGCACAGCCUAUGGUUUCCGAGGUCGCGGGCGGGAAGCUUUGGCAGGAUGCGUAUUACGAGUGUGGAAUAAGACUUCGCUUCUUCGUCACAGAUAAUGGACGAAUUGGGAUGGCUUCGACUGAAGCUGAGCCUGGAGAUGUGGUUGCCGUGCUCUUUGGUGCUCGUGUGCCAUUUCUGCUGAGGCCCGUUGAAGAGGGCUACAUCGUCAUCUCGUCUUGCUAUUGUUACACCAUCAUGCGAGGCCAGUAUACAAAGCAGCUCAAAGCUGCUGGCCGGCUGAAAGCAGAGACAAAGACAUUCGUGCUUCGAUAA